AGUAGCCGUCUGCCUUCAGGACGGUAAUCAAUUCUUUACAGCCACCCCCACGCGGACCCUCCCUGGUUCAUUUGGGGGAGACUGGACUUCCAACACCUGUGUAGUCCAGUGUCCCGGAGGAUCCACAAAAUAUGCGCAAGCCUCCUGCCUUGCUCCAGUAGAAGAGCCCGCCUGCUGGCCUGUAAAUGCUCCCAUUCACAUCUCAGACGGUGGGGGACCCACAGACAUGGUCAGAAAAGAGAUAGUCCAAAAAACCAUUCAACGUCAAACAGAAAACCUACUUCCAAAGCCCAACUAUAAUCCCCUCCUUAAAGUCGUGCCCAAAGGUGUCGACCUAAACCCCCAAACUAUGUACAUCCUUGAGUCUGCCCAUUUACUCCUUAAUUCCACCAAUUCUCUACUGGCUUCGGACUGCUGGCUUUGUCUAACCUUAGGACAUUCUUGGCCCCUGGCCUUCUCGGCGCCAGCCGUCACUCCCCUUAAUCCUACCCUAACUAAUUACAACAAUACCAAUCCCUUUAAAGUUCAACCUUUCAAUUUUAGUGCUUCCACAUGCUAUUGGAGCCCCAAGCAAAACAAUUCUUUUGAUGUUAAUCUAGGAUUUAUAUCUUUUACUUCUUGUCCUCUCAUUAUUAACUCCUCCCAGCCUGGAUGUCUCCCUCCUGAUAAAGUAUUUGUGUGCGGAGACAAUAUGGCCUACCCUUUCUUACCUAUAAAUUGGACAGGCCUAUGUGCCCCUGCUUUAUUAGCUCCCGAUAUAGACAUUCUUCCGGGAGAUGAGCCUGUCCCCCUCCCGAGUUUUGAUAUGUUCACCCCCAAACAUAAAAGAGCCCUUCAGUUCAUUCCAUUCCUAGUAGGACUUGGUGUCACUGCCGCCCUAGGUACCGGAUCAGCAGGAGUAGGAAUUGCAGUAGAUUCCUAUCAAAAAUUAUCUCAACAAUUAAUCUCAGAUUUAAAUGUCAUGUAUGAAUCUCUAAAAGACAUUCAAGACCAAGUUGAUUCCCUAGCUGAAGUAGUUCUUCAAAAUCGUCGAAGUUUAGACUUACUAACCGCAGAUAAAGGAGGAAUUUGUCUCACCCUCCAAGAAAAAUGUUGUUUUUAUGCUAAUAAAUCAGGCAUUGUAAGGGACAGAAUCAAAAAACAUCAA